GUUCACCAUUCACCCUCCUCGCACUCUGCAGCAACAUUCCGUUGGCGGGCUCCGAACCAUCGGAUCUGGGCUCGAUCCCGUCUUGGCCAUCCUCCGAAUCAGCCUCGAGGCAUGGCUCAGACGGUCACCAGAGGUUCGUCGUACGCGGUAUCGUCGGCGAGGGGGCAUUCGGCAAGGUCUAUUUGGUCCGGGAUGUCGUCGCAAAGCAGGAUGCUGCGAUGAAGGUCGUGCGCAUCACCGGCGGCUUGUCGUCAGCCUACGACUAUCGCUGCGUCAUCACAGAGGUUGAGGUUCUGCACAGGCUCGGCGACGAUCCCCAGGCGUUCCUCCUGUCGCCUUAUAUGGGCUGUGAGCGGCGCGACUGGUUGUCUCCUUUCGGAGAUCUACAUAUCCUGACGAGAUACUACGCUGGAGGGACCUUGGAGUGCUAUCUGGGUCGCUUGAGCCACAGAGAAGUAUGGCUUGUCACCGCAGAACUGGUCAUGGGCCUCCGGUGGCUCCAUACGCAGGGAUACGUCCACCACGACCUGAAGCCCGCUAACAUCCUCGUCGACAGCGCCGGGCACUGUGUGAUCUCCGACUUCAACUCAUGCAAGCGGCUGGAGAACGGGAAGCUGCGGCGAUGCACGGCCGAUGAUGUGGUGAUCACGCAGAACUACGCCGCACCGGAGUUGGUCGACGGUCGGGACGCGGAGUAUGACCAGUCGGUGGAUAUAUGGUCCUUGGGCGUCGUCAUGAGCGAAUUGCUCACGGGCAAGCUGUUUGGAGACGAAGGAAGCAGCACUAAGAGAAGCCUGAGCCAGAUGUGCGACGAUGCGCUGUCGCGUAUGGCGGCGGUAGAGGGCGCAUGCAGCUACAUGGUCAACCUAGCGUGCAGAAUUCUCGUAGAAGACCCGAGCGAGCGGAUGUCUCUGGACAGUAUCUCACGGUAUCCUGGCUUCGACAUACACAUGUGGGUGAUUGGCAGUGCGUUGGGCCCGCUCUGUCUCGCUGACACAGGUUGCGUUCAGGGACAUCAGGUGGGAAGACGUCUUGCGGAAGCGUGAACCAGGCAUGUCGUUCCUCGAUGUGGUCUGUGUUGCUGUGCUAAGGCAUU